AGAGAGAGAGAGAGAGAGAGACAGAGAGAAAGCGAUAGGAAUUGGUGGGUACAUGAUGGUGAAGAGUUGGGGUCCUGAAAUAUAGGUUUGUGUAUCAUUUAUAGCUGGCAGGAGCUGUCCUCCUUUCAAGGUCUAGCACACCAUCUCAAAUUUCCUGCUUGCUACCUACACGUAACUCAUCUCUCUCUCUCUCUCUCUCUCUCUCUCUCUCUCUCUCUCUCUCUCUCUGAGUUUCCCCAGCGCCUCUCAUUGCUCUGUCUAUGUUGCUCAAGAACUGAAAGUAUAGGUUUUUCCUAAUUGAAACCAAUAACCCAGAAGGAGGAAAAGAGAUAAAGAAACAUGAGUGCUUCAAGGUUCAUCAAGUGCGUCACCGUUGGUGAUGGUGCUGUUGGCAAGACUUGCAUGCUUAUCUCCUACACCAGCAACACUUUCCCUACUGAUUAUGUGCCAACUGUAUUUGACAAUUUCAGUGCAAAUGUGGUUGUGGAUGGGAGCACAGUCAAUCUAGGGUUGUGGGAUACUGCUGGCCAAGAGGAUUACAAUAGGUUAAGACCUUUGAGUUAUCGUGGGGCAGAUGUUUUCUUGCUUGCUUUCUCUCUCAUUAGCAAGGCCAGUUAUGAAAAUGUUGCCAAAAAGUGGAUUCCUGAAUUGAGGCAUUAUGCACCUGGAGUACCAAUUAUUCUUGUUGGGACUAAGCUUGACCUCCGAGAUGAUAAGCAAUUCUUUAUAGAUCAUCCCGGUGCAACACCCAUUACCACUGCUCAGGGGGAGGAACUGAGAAAGCUAAUUGGGGCUCCUGUUUACAUUGAAUGUAGUUCUAAAACUCAGCAGAAUGUGAAAGCUGUCUUUGAUGCAGCCAUUAAAGUAGUUCUCCAGCCACCAAAACAGAAGAAGAAAAAGAGAAGAAAGGCUCAAAAGGCCUGCUCCAUAUUGUGAUUGAGAAAAGCUGUGGCGGAAAACAUAACCAAUUAGGCAUUGAUCCCAUUAGUUUUUCACCAUCACCAUCUCUCUUACGUUUUCUCACCUUGUGGAAGCAACAGGAUUUCGUCUUUGCAUCUACUAACAGAACUAGGAAGCGCAUUAUAAUCAUCAAGUUGGGAAUUUGUCACUAUCUGGGUUGCAUUUGGAUAUGUAUAUGAAUGAUUGGGUUUGUUGACAUGAACACCCCUAUUUCUUUAGGUCAUUCUGCAUGUAUUGACUAAAUUCAGGAUGAGUUCUCUGAAAUAUUAAUCUGUUUCCUCUUGUAUUAUGUAUGAUAUGUAACUUAGUGCGCCUGAAAAAUCUUAAUAUAAUUAUGGUUUUUUGUUAGAUUA